UAUUACAAAACUGUUCAUUUCGCACAUUUAAAUACUUGACCUAAUUAUCAUAUUAUUAUCAUAUUAUUCUCAAAAAUUAUAAUUAUAUAUUGUUUUAUAUAUUUUAUAAAUAUUUGGUUUUGGUGUUAAUUAUUUUUUUUUUGACAAUGGAACAUGAAGGAUUUAUGUACAGAAGUAACGGCUGUAAAAAUGGAAUCUCGUAAGUAUUUAUUAAUAAUAAUUAAUAUUAGGUAAUCUGUAGGUAUUUAAAUAACAUAAAUAAUUAAAACAAUCAAAAAAAUUCCUUCUGAAAACUCCUUCCUUCUAACCUAACCUAACCAUCUGUUUUUAAUUUGUCAGUUAAUGUCUUAAUGUUUGUAGAUGACACUAAAUUGCAUUCAGUUUGUUAAUAAUCAGAAUGACACAAGUAUUCUUCAAGAGAUUUUAGAUAGGUUGGAGUAUAUUAGAUUCUUUUUUCCCUAGAGCUCUUACGUUAUGUAAAUGUAACCUAAUUUGUAAUGAGGUUGAUUUUUUUUUUAUUUGUCUCGUGAUUGUAUCAGAAUGAAAGCUUUGUCAUUAUUUUCAAGUUAAAACCGUUAUUAUUAUAUUUUUCACAAUUUGUGUAUUAUAUUAUAUCAUUUAAUUUAAACUAAAAUUUAUAUUGUUCCUAUAUAUUACUAUUUUACUUUAUGUUUUUGGAUGUCAAGAUUAUUAUUAUAUCUUCUAUGUUAAAGUGCUUGUCCCAUAAAAUUGUUAUUAAAAAAAAAAAACAUAUUAAUUUCUUCAACCUUGAAAUAUGCUUUUUAUGUGCUACAGAAUGUUGUAGAAGCUGCAUACUCUCAAUAAAAAUGUUUAAAACUAUUCUCUAAUUGUAAUUGUAAAUGUGUAAACAAAAAAAUAAGAAAAUUAGAUAAAUACAAUUCCAACAUAACAAGACUUUUUUUUUUAGAUACUUUAAAUGUAAUAAAGCUUCAUCACAUUUAUGCACGGGAUCAAUGAAAAGAUUGAGAGAUAACAGCAUUGUUAUAAUUCAGCCACAUAGAAAUCAUGUGGGGGAUGCAAACAAUACCGUCCUCAUCAACAGUUUUAGAAAUGUAUUAAAACAAAGAGGAUCAACUGAAAAUAUAUUGUUAAAAACCAUUUAUGAUGAGGAAGCAAGAAGGCAUUUGGUAGCUGCAUCUUUAUACCCCUGGUCAUCUGCAGAGUCUAUUAUGCGUUUGGCCAGAAGAAAAUCAUUGCCCAGAUUACCGAAUAAUUUAAGGGAACUUGCCACACUGUUUGAUGACGGGCAACUUGAAAGAUUUAGUUGUUGUGAGGCAAAUUUUUUAAGAUGUUGUGUACAAGACACUGAUGGUAAAACAAACAUCAUAUUUGCUUGUACUCAACUUAUUCAUACUGUGUUACUGAACGAUGUAAAUGAAAUCCAUGCAGACGCCACCUUCAAAAUAAUCCCAGCUAAUAUGGGAUAUCAAUUAUUGGUUUUGCAUUGCAUGAUUCAAAAUUAUUCCAUACCUAUCAUUUACGUUCUGAUGGAGAGUAAAACGAGAAGAUCAUAUGAAUGUGUCUUUCAAUUUGUAAAAAAUAAUUUACUACCUACAUUAAGACCAAGUAUAAUUAUAACAGAUUAUGAAAGUGCUUUGAGGGAUGUACUAUUAUCAGUUUUUCCUGGAGCCCAAUCUGUUGGGUGCUGGUUCCAUCACAACCAAGCUGUAUGGAGAAAAAUGAAAAAACUGGGUUAUUUAAACCAUAUCAAUAAUAAUGACAAUGCUCUAAAAGCGUUAAGACUAUUAAUGUGCCUUCCUCUAUUGCCCGCUCUUAACAUUGAAAAUAGUUUUUCAUUAAUAACAGCAUUUGCUCGAAACCAUGGAGUUCAUUUGGAACAACUAUUUCAGUAUUACCAAAGGUACUGGUUAAGAAAUGUUGGACCACACAUCAUAUCGGUUUAUGGAUUACCUCGGAGAACCAACAACAACGUUGAGAGUUUCCACAACUCUCUAAAAGUCAAAUUUGGCACCAACCAUCCAAGUUUAUGGAUAUUUUUAGAUCAUUUAACAAAUUUAAAUAAAAACUACCACAUUAUUGUCAAUCAGCUGAACAAUAAUUUAAAUCCAACUAGGCAUUUAAGAUUCAAAUUUCUAGCUAAUUCAAUGCGAAUCAAAAAUGCUACCCAACAGCUAAAUUUAGGAUUGAUUUCCAGUUGGCAAUUUUUGCAGAGAUGUUCUUAUGUCACUGAAGGGUACGAGCAAAGACAACGGAUUUGGGCUCUGCGCAACAAUGACGAGAUGGCCGAUGAAGGACAGAUUGAAAAUUUUGAACAAAUACCACCUGACGAAUUACCUUUAGAGGUUGAACUUAAUGUUGGAGACCCACCAGCACGAAGGCCAAGGGAAUUACCUUUAGAAGAAAGGGUUAAUGUUGCUGAUCCGCCGGCAGAAAGUUCUGUAUGCAUGGUGUGUAUGGUAGUAGCGGUAAAUGGAACUGCAGCCGAGUAUAUAAUUUUGCCAUGCGGCCAUGCAUGGUCACAAGAAAAAGGAUUAGCAACAUCUUUGAUUAGAGACCAGACCUUUAAGCAAUAA